GAUGACUACCUGGUCGGAUGGGUUUGCGCACUGCCGGUAGAGGUCGCGGCAGCCAAAGCGACGCUUGAUCGCAUCCAUGAUGCCCUACCUCCGGAUUCAACCUUGGACGACAGCAACAACUACAUUCUAGGGAGCCUUCAAGGCCACAAUGUUGUGCUCGCAUAUCCACAUUCUGGCGUGUAUGGCGAAACCUCGGUGGCGAGCGUGGCCGCGCAGCUCCACGCGAGCUUCAAGUCUGUACGAUGCACUCUGUUGGUUGGCAUUGGGGGAGGAGUUCCAGGUACGAAUGAGGAUAUACGCCUUGGCGAUGUCGUCGUCAGCAAGUCGACAGGUGGCCGGCCGGGUGUCACCCAAUACGAAGCAAACGAAGAGCGAGCAGGAGAUCAACAUCAGUCGAUCCGUGGCAGAGCGCCAGAGCAGCCAACGCCAUUACUUCUCACAGCUAUGGGAAAGGCCGAGACAGCCGCCAUCUUUGAUGAAAGCCAGAUGUCCCGGCACUUAUCUGAGAUCGUGCAGAAAGACCCCGUCAUCUUUGCCCAUCCCGGCCCAGAGCAAGACGUCCUCUUCGAGCCCGAUUACCAGCACGCAACCGCCGAAUUUGCAGAAGACGGAUGCAUACAUUGCAACCCAGAUAUGAUUCGGCCCCGGCAGCCACGAGAGACACAGAACCCUAGAGUUCAUUAUGGUCCGAUUGUCUCUAGCCAUCGCCCUAUACGCCAUGGGGCGACUCGAGACAUGCUGGCACAUAAGCUAGGCGCUCUCUGUUUGGAAACAGAGGCGAGUGGCCUGAAAGAUGCCGCCAAAUACUUGAUCAUUCGAGGGAUUUGCGACUAUGCAGAUUCUCACAGUUCCAGCUCCAAGCUCUGGCAGGCAUAUGCGGCGGCAGCUGCAGCUGCAUAUGCAAAAGAGGUCCUUUCGUUCAUACCUACGGCGCCCAAGACGGCA